GUUGCAUUCACAGGAGUCCGACGCUGGAAGCCGCGGGGGAGGAAGUGGCAAAAGAGAAAGACGAGGAGGAUGAACAUUUAGCAGUCUAUUUUUGUGCUGGCCGCGCACUCAAAGACGAAAACCCUUGCACUGCGAUUUUCGACAGCCUGCGGCACAGCUUGGACUCGAUACGGUCGCAGAUAGGAGUUGAGAACUAUACAACAGAGCCACAAGAAAAGGAAAACCGAGACAACGAAAUAAAGCGUGACGCCAGCGAGGUAGGUACAUCAGCGCCACUUUAUCUACGACAGGAGGAACGCGGCGCAAUUAUAUCAGAGCGGCCGAUGAAAGUAGAAGAAGCGAUGGCAAGUGGUGUAUCUUCACUAGAAGCCCAACCGAUUCUGAAGGAACUCGCGCACACUAGAAGAGCUCUGGUAACGGUUUCCGAUGGUGGGAGAAAUGUUGACUUGCAGAGAGCGGAGCAUGAACAACAGACGUAUUCUAUCCCUUUCGAUGAAAACUUUUUCUGCUGGGAUUUGGACUUAAACGAGACCGGCUUCUGUGGAGAUCCUGAAGGGCAGCUACGUGGGACAGAUUUUCGGAAUCGGCAUGAGCUCUUCACCCAUCACGGCCAGCAACAUCCGUUACAAGCACUCAACCUUCUCCCACAAACCGCCUCGUCUGAAGUCCUUUUCGAACUAACCAUGCUGCAAAAGAGCUUGGUCGCGCGCGGCGCUUACAAGGCGUGGCGAAUACGAACGUAUCUUCUAGAAGCGUGCCUGACGUUACUGCUAUUGCGGGACAAAAGCAGAGAGUUGCUGCGCGUUUUGGAGAAGGAGCUUCAGGCCAUUCGUAUGCAGGAGGAGCGGCUGCUGUUAUCCAAGUCCGACGGACAUAAUUCUAACGAAAAAAUCGACUAUCGGCGGCACCACCUGCUCAAUCGCUAUCGAUGUUGGCUCACUGGGUUUUGUGUCGCGUUCGAGUCUUUGACGAAGAAAGUGUUGGAGGUUGCAGUAGCAAAGAAACGGAUUUACAGCGGUGGCGACGAGGGAGAUGGCAGCAACAGUUUGUUUUACAGCAAUACUGGCCAGACGAGUCAUUUCUCGCCUUCGAACGCCAUUGCGUCUCGUCGUGCAAGAGCAGCAGCGUCAUGUCAUCCAAACGGGGACGAGGCUCUUGACAUAUCUUCCUUCCUCCUCAGUAAAGCCCGUUUGGUCGCGAAGCGCAAGCCUGAGAUGCUCGCCGUGGGGAAGCAAUCGCGUUGCAACGCGCACGGAGUACAGGCGACAAAGACUGUCUGCGUGGAGCACAAUCACACAAAGGUGAGCCGCAACCAGUGUCACCAGUGCGAAACACCAUUGCCGGACUUCCUUCUGACGAAGCAGCUGAUAUGUGUGUGGUGCGAAGACCAGAUACGGAGGGAGUACGAGGAUUGCCCCUUCUGCUUCGUGCAGCAGAAGAUACGCGCUCGGAAGGAGGAAAUAGCGGCAACAUCAAACAGAAAAAGAAGGAGCAGCAAAACUUCAUCUGAACUGCCAAGCCCAGCAAGGGAACAAGUGGGGGCGGAUUCUGCUUCAAUCCAGCACACCAAAGAGGCGAAACAUCGUCAGCAGUUCCUGUACUGCGUUCAUCAGCAGAAGUGUUGCAAAUGCGACUUAGAUUUUACCUUCUGCGCACAGUGCGGACUCGGGCGAGGGGAUGGUGAUGACGUGCGAAAUUUGGUGGAAAAAUUAUCCGAUUGCAAAGCCGCCACGGUGUGCUCUUCAGCAACAGAAACGGAUGGUGCUUGUUACCUCGUCGAGAAAAGAAAAACCAGAGAUUGCGACUUCAGCACUCUAUUUUUCGACUUCGACCGGACCGUGGCAAGUACGAAGUGUGGACAGAACCCUCUGCCACCCCAGAGAAGAACCGACGAGGAGAACAAGCAAGAAUACAUUGUCGACUCUGUCUUGCGCGAGGUCGCAGCAAGCUUUCUUCAGGUAGCAGGUGGCGCGCAGGAAAGUCCGGCGCUAGUAGAGCCAGGACCUAUAGCCGAGCAUGGCGGUGAUUCCACAAGCAAGAAGACCAGUAUUGGCAGUGGAACACGAAGACGCGUCGUCAUCCUGACCCGGAACAGCCACAAGCAGGAGAUAGAGGAAUUUUUGCGGCUGAAGGAGUUUCCGUUUUCCGAGGUGUGCGUGGUUCCGAAGACGAUUUCGAAGUUUGCGGUGAUGAAGGACAAACACGGUUACAGUUGGUCUGUCGAUAAUUUGCCUGUGCUUCCUGGUGAUGACGAGUAUGGAGGACGGGUACUUGCGCCAGCUGCAACCAAUAGCAGCGAGAAAAAUGACGCCGAUGGUGAGGCCCAGGCAUUCGCAUUGUUGCCGGAAGCCGGAUCUCCAAGUUCCGCAGCAAGCUGCUUCACUAGCCUUUUGGUAGAUGAUAGCGCAGCAGAGCUGCUUUUUUCCGACCCAGCAAUUGCGCGGGUUUUGUUUGCGAGAUGAAAUCUGAAAGAAACUGGCGCUGCGCGUGAUUUUGUGGACGUACGAACGAAGAACGCAACAGGAAGAUGUGAAGACAGACUUCUUUGAUUCGAACAU